GGUGGACGUGCCCCCCUCUCCUCUCCUCUCCUCUCCUCCUCCGCAGUGCACUUGCAGCUGAGCAGGACUCCAGGGCAGGACGGUCUCUCCUCCUCCUCCUCCUCCUCCUCCUCCCCCUCCUCCUCCUCUUCUUCCUCUGUGCGUGUUUUGGUGAAGCAGUGCGUAACGGUGGCGGCGGGAGAAGCACCGACUCCAGCGCAGAGGUCCCGGGCUGACGCGUGAUGGUGCGGGCUCAUUGAUAAAAGAGAGAGAGAGAGAGAGAGAGAGAGAGAGAGAGAGAGAGAGAGAGAGAGAGAGAGAGAGAGAGAGAGAGAGAGAGAGAGAGAGAGAGAGAAAUAGAGAAAGGGAGGGAGAGAGAGAGAGGGAGAGAGAGAGAGAGAAAUCCGUGUCGCUGGAAUUAAAAUGAGCUCUCCCGCUGAGCGGCUCUCCUCCUCCUCCUCCACGUAGCGCCGCCGUCUCCGCACUCGCUCAGUUCCCCGUGAGUCCAGCACACCGAGCAGGAUGCGCGCCGCCACCCUCCCGCUGCUGUGCGCUCUGGUGGCGUUGGCGUCGGCGUCCAAGACGGAGCGGGCGGUGGAGGUCCCGUGCGACUCGGGCCAGUACACCAGCGGAGGGGAGUGCUGCAUGGAGUGUCCGCCCGGAGAGGGGGUGGUGCAGGAGUGCGGACAGACCCAGACCGUCUGCGCCCAGUGUUUGGACAGUGAGACCUUCUCGGAGAACUACAGCCACACGGAGCAGUGCACGCCGUGCACGCACUGCACCGGCCUGAUGCGGAUGGAGACGCCCUGCACCGACUCCAACGACGCCAAGUGCGUCUGCAACUACAACUUCUUCUUCAGCGAGCUGACCGGCAGCUGCGAGCCGUGCACGGUGUGCCCGGUGGGGCAGGGCGUGUACUCCCGCUGCGACCACGGCCACGACACCGUGUGCGAGGAGUGCGUGGACGAGACCUUCUCCGACCGGGAGAGCUCCAUGGAGCCCUGCCUGCCCUGCACGAUCUGCGAGGAGGAGACGGAGACGCAGCUGGCGGUGUGCACGCCGACCAGCGACGCCGUCUGCCACAACCCGGACCUCCCCACCUACAUCACCCCCACCUCAGACAUGGACCUGUUCUCACCCUCGUUCCCGUUCGACCCCUUCCCGGGGCACUCCGACGGCCCGCCGCCGGGCGGCGAGACCACCACCACCACCACCACCACCCCUCGCUUCCUGGGCCACGGCCUCAACGAGAACCUCAUCCCCAUCUACUGCUCCAUCCUGGCCGCCAUGGUGGUGGGCCUGGUGGCGUACUUCGUCUUCAAGAGGUGGAAUAGCUGCAAGCAGAACAAGCAGGCGGCCAACAACCGCGCGGCGGCGGCGACCAACAACCAGAUGGUGACGCCGGAGGGGGAGAAGCUGCACAGCGACAGCGGCAUCUCGGUGGACAGCCAGAGUCUGCAGGAGCAGCAGCAGCAGCAGCAGCAGCAGCAGCAGCAGCAGCAGCACGCCCAGGCCGCCGUCCAGCCCCAGCCGGCCCACUCACACUCGCCCGAGCAGAUCGUGGUGAGGGUGGACGGCGGACCGCAGCCCGACUCGCCUCCCCCCGAAGUCUGAGGACGCGGAGGAGGAAGGGGAGGGGUCCAAGCUGCAGACAAGGGGAGAAGAGACUGGGGACUCGAACCGUGGACCAAAAACCGACAGAGAUGAGGGAACGAGAGGCCAUGCAGAGAACGUAAAGACUGAUGUCUGAAGCGGCCGCAGAGCAGAACAGCUUCCGGACAUUGCGGGACCUCCCAGCACCCCCUCGGGCCACAGUCCCGCUCUUCACCCCUGCAUAAACAGUCAUUCAUUGUGCCUGGACACAACCUCGACGGCAAUAUCAACCACUGUCUGACCCCGUCCUGCACAGACACGUAGAUAUAUGCUGCUGCGUUUCCUUUUAACGGACUAUUCCAGUAUUUUGACGUAUGAAAUAAUUCUCAGUAGCCGCCAGUUUACCGACUUCUGUCCUUUUUUUCCAAGCUUCUCGUUUUCUGUUGGAAUCUCUGAAACAUCCGUGCCUGAGAGGUAAAUGGGCGGAGAGGUUCUCUGCGGAGAGGUUGGGGGAGCUUCUUCCUCCCUCUCAGAUAAUCCAGCACCUCUCUCCGUAGGAUUCACUCCAUUAGACCCCCGCCGUCGAGCAGCGGGGGGCCGUGAGUCACUCCCAACUCCUGAAGUUCCUCAUCCCCGUAUUAUUUUCGUCCAGCGUAACACCUGAGCACGAAGCGUCUGCGUCACCGUCCCGGAUGACCAGCAGCGUCAGUGACGGCUCGGGCUCUUCGUUAAUCAGUGGCUCACUCCCCGGUCCUCACGGCGGGAUAUCGGGGGAUCGCGUUUCGGUACUUUCGUGCUUCUAUAAUGCAACACGCUGGAAUUGUUUGUCUCCCGUUUGCGGUGCGACGCUCUCAUUCGGCGGCUGACUCAGCGGGGUGCCUCCGCAGUCCUGCGAGCUGCAGGAGGGGGACUUUCUCUGGGCGGCGGAGCUCUGCUGACUCACUGCUCCGAGCGGAGGGGAGAGGUGGGAAGAGAGCAGCUGGAACGUCAUUCAGCAGACCGCUAAAUGAAUUUAGAGGGAGAGAAAAAAAAAAAAAAAAAAAGAUCCUGCAACCAGGAAGCCCAUCUAUAAUCAUUUCUACUUGCUGAGCAGAAAAUUGGGACAACCCUCAGAGGCACACUUCCCUCUCACGAUCUCCGUCUCCAGACGCCCCCUCCCUCCCUCCCUCCCUCGCAGCCUUGCACACAGUCGCAGAGGCUGAUCAGCAGCGCCGAGGCGCUAAUGCUUCGUCAGAGGCACCGGCGUCGCACACGGGGUCCAUUAGAGAGCCGUCCUGACAGGCAGGUAGUAAUUACCUCAGGGUUCCAGCUCUGUUUACCCCUCUGCCUCCGCUCUCAUCAGACCCCAACGCCGCCGCCGACAGCGUGCGCACACAUCCGUUAUCCAACUUUGAAGCCGCUGACAUUUACCACAUCGCCGGGGUGAUAUAAAAGCACUUAGUCCAGGCACACUUCUAAGGCUGGGUCGCACCUUUCAUCACAAAGGACCACUUUUAUGUUUUGCCCCCCCCCCCCGCUGCUUUCAGUAACAGUAACGGCGGGUCAAUAUAGAUAGUUUGCCGGAGAACCUUUCAGCAGUUUGAGCUUGACUGCACUGCAUUAUUUCAUUUCAGUUCCUACAGGGGGCACAAACCUUCUCAGGGUACCUCUUGUGGCGGCAUGGCUGGAAGUAUAAAAAGAUCUUUACAGGUUUUAUGAGCUGGAAGGUAGGCGGGCAGAGGAGGAAGAUGUGGGUGAAUCAUCGUGUCAAACUCCAACAUCACUUUGAAAGAAAUACCAUGAAAGGGACCUUAUAGCUUUUAAUAUGUCUUGCAGAAAAGUAAUCAAAUGCGUAACAUAACAACACAUGUAAUCUGUAGUAAAAGGUUAUUUUUUUUCUCCAUUAAAAAAACAAAAAUCAUCACAUUUACAAGAUGAGCUCUUAAAACUGUUGAAUUGUCUGCUUCAGCCAAGUCAACGCCUGGCUGAAAAUCAGCCAUCAAAAUGAAUUAGCACUUAUUAACCUCCAGUAAUUGGCGCACAGGUAGACAAUCCCGACAGCAACAACAGGCAUUGUAAAACCACCCUGUGUACAGCGACGGCUGCCCAGGCAGGCGUCGCUCUGCUCAGCUCUCCACCAAAGUGGCUCUUCGCUGAUAGAAUCCACUUUUUCAUCUCACCAGAGGUUCGCUCGCUUUUCUAUGGCAGCUCCGAUCAUAACGUCGUUAACGUCACGAGCCUUUUUUAUUUAAAACUCUGCCCAAUAAACAAUUACUAACACGUAGAAAUGUACGAAGUCAGAAAUGUUUCUUCUUUAUGUAUUUUGAUUUGCACAAACUCAAAAUGUUCAACCAAUCAGUUCCCACAAGUUGUGUUGAAAUAUAAACCAGGCUGUGAUGGGAGCAGGGAGAUGUUUUCAUCCCAUGGAAGGUUUCACACCAUUUCCAUGUCCGCACCACAAAUUUAAAGGAAGCUACCAGCAUCUGGUUAGCUGACCGGCAGCUGUGUCCGACCAAUAAACACAUCACUGUUCAUUUGUUUCAUCCCCAACUAAAAUGGAAAGAAGGCAUGAGGGUUUCAGCAUCCAGUUAUGCAAUUACCCCCCCGGACGAAGUGGUGUUAGUCUCCUUAUCGAACUCCCAACAAGAGCGCAGACGAAAACGAUUACCUUUAAAGGAAAGUAGGAUGUGUUUUCUUGUUACUGAAGGUGGGAGAGCGAUUGCGAGACGGAUACAAAGUGUCACAAAGAGGGGGAAAGUGAGUCAUUACAUCUGGUGUGAAGCCGCACGGGUCGAUCACAUGGUCGCCGACAUCUCCAGACAAUUAAACUUUCUGGCCUCUUCUCCUCUUGUGAUUCAUGAAUCACGGCAGCGUAAUGAAUGAGAACGGACGAAAGUGGGAGAAAAAAAUAAGAGCUCCUCCGCUGGUGUGGUGUGGGCAUGUGAGAGCGCACACACACACACACACACUCGUACACACACACAAACACAGAGAGAGAGAGUGUAUGAUUCACUCCUCUGCUGAGAGGGUCGGUAUGAUUCAUCCGGAUCCCGGCUGCGGCGGUGACAUUAAAGCAGCCGCUGCUACAGUAUGAGUGACCAGAGUGUUGAUUUAGAGGAAAGGGAGAAAAAAAAAAGAAAAAGAAAACACCACCCCUGGACGCCGUCUCCCGAGGCCCGAUCAGCCCUCCGGCAGCGCACUCAUCCACCCUGAACCCUCUCACCCUGCUCCUCCUGCAGUAACACACCACAACAGAAGAAUGUACCACCUGAUUAUCAACCCCAAAUUAUGCAAGACACAUUCAAAAACUAGUUUGCCCUGACUUUUGGUUGUGAGUGCUUUAUUUCUGUCUUUGUUUUUUUUUUCUGUUGGUUUAUAUUAUGAAUGGUAUUACACUUUUGAAAUCAGUAUUUUUUCUAACUGAUGUUAUUUUGUAGCACUUAUUAGAUGUAAUCUGAAUGCACUCAAAGAGUGCAUCGCAGUUCAAGUGCCUGUGUACAGUGUUCAGUGUGUCUUUUGAGUUCAAACUUUUUUUUUUUUUUGCAUUGUUUUCCACUUAUUGUUUGGUUUUUAUGUGCAUUUUUUUUUCUGUGUGGAUAUUUUGAGAGCUAAUGAAGGUUUUUAGUCAAUAAAAGUCAGCACUAUAAAUGGACCUUGGAGACGCAAGCAAACUGUAUAAACUUUGCAUCGAUAUCGAGACUUACGGUCGGCUACACACAGGUUGCCAGGGAUCACAUACUGUAUGUUAACAUGCUAUAAAUACAGGCAGCCAAUAGGGUCAUGUAGCAUUAUGAAAACAUAUACAUGCCAACUAGGACUUCUAUUCUGAAACGUACAUAGGCUUUGUCGAUAGAAAUCAGCUCUACUGUGCAGAUGUUUUGCAUGUGCGGUACGUUGUGUCACAUACCUCCAUGCCUGAGGCGAUGGGACAUGUAACCUGCAGUGCUGUGGAAACUAUGGGGAGGUUCACUGUGAUUCUCUGUGAUGAUACUACUUGAUCCAGAACGGAUCAGGAGCUGGUCCCCAGAACAACUGAAUGUCAUCUGUAGUUACCUACUAAUGUAAAAUGCAUUGUGUAAAUGUGAAUUUCUUAGAGUUGAUACGAGAUACAAAACUACACUAUAAAAUGU